AUGCAUGCCAACCCCAUCCACUUCACCACCCCACCGUGUCGCCACAUCGCCUCUCUUUCUGCUAACGUCGAGCUCACCGGACUCACUGCAGGUGUCUCCUUGGCCCACAAGGAACUCUCAGCUUGCAACGUAACCGGCAGAGUAUUCAACUGCACAUCAAUGGAUGGCACUCCGCGAUGCAAGUCGAGUGUCUCCAUCACUGCUGUGGCCGCCUUGUCCACGGAUGCGUCACCGCGACAGCAUCGGUGCGGCCCUAGCUGCACCUCUGGUAUUAUGACCGAGAGUGACUCCCCAUGUCGAUCUCCUCGCGUGUGUCUGACUCAGACACCCAUUACCCGCAAGUUGUUCACAAAGCCGAUCCCCUACGGCAGCUUGCCGAGCAGCGGCGCCCUGCUAUGCAAGGUGCCCGACGGUUCCCUGGCGAAUCGCAGCUCGAGUGGAAUCUGCGGCAUGUCGCCCUCUUUCUCGGUAAGCCUAAGUGAGGCAGAGGAGGACACCACCUUGAUGAGUGCAGAAUCGGUCUUUGUCAGUGCCUCUGUUGACCAGCGUGUACCACUGCGCAGCGCUUCGUUCGCUGUGAACGAGACACGGCCACCGAGCUCGCCAUCCUUCACGUACUUCCCCAGCAGCCACGGUGGUGUCGCCCACGAGAGUUCGGCAUCGGCUAGCGAUAAGGUCAAUGCAGCGGGAACCGCGCCUGUCGCUUGUUUCUACAGCGCUCACAGCGUCUGUGAUGGACGCGCACCGAGUGUGAAGGGCAGCAGCGCGACGGAGCACAAGUUCUUUGAACCUUUGCGAUUUGACACCUCGGGACGCCUCUUUUCUCCACUUCAGCGGUUCUCCGGCGUCAAGAGCUCGCAGCACGCUAAUGUUGCCGUGGAUCUUGAGUCACACAUAUUGGAUUGCGGUAUUGCAUCUGUCGAUCACGAGAACCUCAGCGCGGCAUGUCCUUUGUCGAAUGUGUGGCAGGGUAGACUCUCCGCGAUUGUCAAACAGCAGCAACUGCUCCACGCGUGCCUUGUGUCGAUUGCACGCGAGAAGACUGAGCGGCCCGAUUCGCAGAGAAGCGUUAUCUCCACUCCGAAGUGUGCGCAGCAGCGGCGCCGCCGCGGCAGCCGACUCCAGUUCCUUAUGUGGCAGCUUUGCAUUCUGCUUCUCCGUCUUCCGCUGCGCAUCAUGGAGCGAGUGCUGGCUGCUUCUGCUGGCAAAUUGCGGAAACUCCUGUGCUUGCCGCAGCAGCGGUGA